AUGUUCUUAAAGCACAUAAGAAAGAAGGAAAAGAAAGGUAGGGACCUGAGAGCUGGCAAACAGAGUUCAAGGGGGAGACAAAGGAAGGAAGAGCCAGGGAAGAGACAGGAGGGAUGUGAAGCAGAAGGAGACCAGCAGGACCCAGACCAUGGUCAUGAUAGUGGCCCACGGAAUCAUAUGGAGAUCCAGAAGGCCAAUGUGGAGCUGGAGCGAUCGAGGAGUGAUGUGACAGGCCAAGGUGAAGCCAGAGGGACAAGGGAGCUCUGCAGAGAUUGUGGACUGAUGGGCCACAGUAAAGAGGAGGGAGCUAGGGGCCGACAGUCUGGGACUCAAAGGCUGGAAGCAGAGAGGAAGGAUCAUGCAGAUGAUGUGCUGAGGGUAAGCAGAGGGGCUGACAGGAGCCAGCAGUGGAAGAGACAGAAACGGGCUGGAGGGCAGGCAUUUGAGAUUCUCCUUUGGCCUGAAAUCAUGAGGGUGAUCUUGAAGGCUCUGUUGCCGGCUCUCACACCUGGUCUGAUGUCAUGGGCUCUAGCUUCAAGGCGGCACUCGGCUUUGUCGCACUCCUCUGCGAUUGCGCGUCUGUCAGCAGUGGGCUCUGGCUGUAGCUCUGUACAGUGCGGAGAUGGUGGGCUGGGAUCGAGAUCAUACGUAGCUGUCCAGAAGUUUGAUCAUGGUGAUACUAAACUGAUUACUGAUGUACUGUUUUUUUUCCCCUUCUGCUUUAAGAUAAGUCCCUCAGCUACAUGUGAAUGUCUUAGUAAUAGGAAAGAUUACCCAUCAUUCUUCAGAACUAUUGCUAGUGACUACCACCAGAGCAGAGCACUUGCAUACAUAGUCAAGCACUUUGGCUGGUCUUGGGUUGGAGCUGUGAACAGUGACAAUGACUAUGGAAACAAUGGAAUGGCUAUUUUUCUGAAAACGGCCCAGGAGGAGGGAAUUUGUGUUGAGUACUCUGUGAAAUUCCAUCGGACAGAGCCUGAAAAGCUCCAAAAAGUGGUAGAGACAAUAAAAAAGGGCACUGCAAAAGUAAUUAUUGCAUUUCUUUCUCAAGUUGAGAUGGGAAAUCUGUUUGAUCAGCUAAGUACUAAGAACAUUACAAAUGUCCAAAUGAUUGGAGUGGAGGCUUGGAUAACUUCAGAAAGUUUGAUGAUUCCAAACAGUUUUCAUGUUCUGGGAGGAUCCCUGGGGUUUGCAGUGAAGAAAGUUGAUAUUGAAGGGUUUGCAGAUUAUGUUACAAAAAGAUUCUGGCACACAGCCUUCCCAUGCUUACAGAAGGAGGAGAAUCCAUCUGAAUAUGGAAUAGAUUGCAGCAGAUAUCAGGAUCUGCUUGUGCUGAAAAAUUACAAUGAAGAUGUAACUGAACAAAGAUACUCAAGUAAUGUCUACAAAGCAGUUUAUGCUGUAGCAUAUUCACUACACAGUUUGCUCCAGUGCACAAGCAAUGGAGGCUGUGAAAAAAGUAUGACAAUACAACCACAGCAGGUAAAACGUGGUAUAAAAAUACAGUGACCAGACAUGACACUUCCAGGGACAUGUUCUGCAAAGGAUUUUUUAAACAGCCUAAAAAAUUACAAAGAUGUUGAACUAGGAACACUUCGAACUUAGCAAAAUCAGGUCCUGCAUACAGUUUAGCAGUUAUACCGCACAGGGCAAAGAGUGAAAAUUUUGUUAUUUUAGACUAUUUAGAAAUCCUGGGCAGAAUGUGCCCCAGGAAGUGGCAUAUCUGGUCACCUUAUAUAAAAAGAAGAGCAAAAGGAUGAACUUUUUGUUUUUCACUAGGUGGUUGAGGCUCUGAAGACAAUAAAUUCCACAGUAAAGACAGGAGACCAUGUGUGGUUUGACAGCAGUGGUGCAGUUGUAGCACAAUAUGAAGUUGUGAACUGGCAGCAGGACCUAAAUGGAUCAAUCCAGUUCAAGCCAGUGGGAUACUAUGAUGCUUCACUACCUCCUGACCAACGCUUUGUGCUCAACACGGAAAACAUAGUUUGGGCAGGAGGACAG